CAACUCCAAUUGGGACUCGAGUUUGUCAGCAUCUUUAAAGAUAUUUCUGAAGAUAUUUCCGCCAUGGAAAACCAGAAACAAACAGAGCGUCACAUUUCAGUGUUCACCAUGGCUACAUUAUCUCAUAACACUCUUCUCAUUCUCCUCAUCCUCGUAUCUGUAAACUCAACAUUCAACACAUACCCACGAGUCUCAUCCAUUCAUGUUGACUGUUGCAUGCAAACUGACUUAUUUAUACAUUGAACCCAGAAGCUGUAGGUGUGAUUUUAGACACCAAGCAAAGAGCUCCACUGGUGGAACUGUUGACAAGUACAAACCUGAUGCUCUUUUCAUUGAUAAACAUGGCAGAUGGCGAAGCUUUACUCGCAAAAAAUUGUCAAGGAAACGUUGUGGUUCAUUGAGAGGAAAAGGAUGGAAAUACGGAUCUGGAUUUGUUGAUGGAAUCUUCCCAGUGCUGAGUCCCAUUGCUCAGCAAAUUCUCAAUUUCAUACAGAAGGAAGUGGAUCCCAAUAUUGUUGGGGCUGCUCUUGAUACCCUUCCUGCCACUCACGCCAUGUGGGAUGAUCUCAUUAAUGUAGCUGUUCAACUUCGAUUUAAUAAGCAAUGGGAUCUAAUUAUAUUGAUAUGCCAAUGGAUAUUGUAUAGGAGCUCCUUCCAGUCAGAUGUCAUGAUCUACAAUUUACUUAUAGAUGCUUAUGGACAAAAAUCUCUACACAAGAAUGCAGAAUCCACAUAUUUUGAACUUCUUGAAGCUAGAUGUGUUCCUACAGAAGAUACUUAUGCUCUUCUUCUGAAAACGUAUUGCUUGUCUGGACUACUAGAAAAAGCUGAAGCUGUCUUUGCUGAGAUGCGAAAGUAUAGUCUACCUCCAAGUGCGAUUGUAUACAAUGCUUAUAUUGAUGGCCUAAUGAAAUGUGGAAAUCCUCAAAGAGCAGUAGAGGUCUUUCAGCGAAUGAAAAGAGAUUGCUGCCAACCAUCUACUGAAACUUAUACAUUAAUGAUCAAUUUGCAUGGAAAGGCAAGUCAAUCUUACAUGGCCUUAAGUUUGUUUAAUGAAAUGAGAAGUCAAAAGUGUAAGCCAAAUAUCUGCACAUACACUGCUCUAGUGAAUGCUUUUGCAAGGGAGGGACUUUGUGAGAAGGCUGAGGAAAUAUUUGAGCAGCUACAAGAAGAUGGCCUUGAGCCUGAUGUGUAUGCUUAUAAUGCACUCAUGGAAGCAUACAGUCGUGCAGGUUUUCCAUAUGGGGCUGCUGAAAUAUUUUCACUCAUGCAACACAUGGGGUGUGAACCAGAUAGAGCUUCAUACAACAUCAUGGUAGAUGCAUAUGGAAGAGCCGGCCUUUAUGAGGAUGCACAAGCUGUAUUCGAAGAGAUGAAACGACUAGGAAUUACCCCGACAAUGAAAUCACAUAUGCUACUUUUGUCUGCCUACUCAAAAGCUAGAAAUGUGGCUAAAUGUGAAAACAUUGUGAACGAAUUGCAUGAAUCCGGGCUCGAACCAGACACUUUUGUCCUAAACAGUAUGCUGAACUUGUAUGGCCGAUUAGGUCAAUUUGAAAAGAUGGAGGAAGUUUUAACUGCAAUGGAAAAGGGACCUUAUGUGACAGAUGUAAGCACAUACAACAUUUUGAUCAACAUAUAUGGGCGGGCUGGAUUUUUUGAGAAAAUGGAAGAUCUCUUUCAAUCUCUUCCUGCAAAAAAUUUGAAGCCAGAUGUGGUGACUUGGACUUCAAGGUUAGGAGCAUACUCCAGGAAGAAACUAUACACAAAGUGCUUGCAAAUUUUCGAAGAGAUGAUUGAUUCUGGAUGUUAUCCAGAUGGAAGAACUGCAAAAGUACUUCUCUCAGCAUGUUCAAGUGAAGAUCAAGUUGAGCAAGUUACUAAUGUAAUUAGAACAAUGCAUAAGAAUAUGGAUGCUGUUCUGCCUAUCUGAUUUUCGCUUAUCCAUCCAUGUUUUCAACAACUUGUAAACAGACAAAAAUUAACAUAGUUUGGUUAAUAUAUUGAGCCUACAUUUUGUUCCUUUAAA